GUUGUGUCAAAUGCUGCUGGACAGGGCGUUGCCAUCACUGGAAACAACACUUUUAACAACUGGAAUUGGCCUAACGCUGUUAUCUUUGCUGCUACUGUGAUCACUACAAUCGGUUACGGAAAUGUUUCUCCAAAGACACCCUCUGGGCGUCUCUUCUGCAUAUUUUAUGGGCUCUUUGGAGUUCCUCUCUGCUUGACAUGGAUCAGUGCUUUGGGGAAGUUCUUCGGAGGACGUGCCAAGAGGCUGGGCCAGUUUCUAACGAAAAGAGGAGUAAGCCUGAGGAAAGCACAAAUUACAUGCACAGCUAUUUUCAUUGUUUGGGGUGUCUUGGUCCAUCUGGUUAUUCCUCCCUUUGUCUUUAUGGUGACUGAAGGAUGGGAUUACAUCGAAGGCCUCUAUUUCUCAUUCAUCACCAUCACCACCAUAGGAUUUGGAGAUUUUGUUGCUGGUGUAAAUCCAGAUGCAAACUAUCAUGCCCUUUACAGAUACUUUGUGGAGUUAUGGAUCUAUCUGGGACUAGCUUGGCUUUCACUAUUUGUUAACUGGAAGGUCAGUAUGUUUGUGGAAGUCCAUAAAGCAAUCAAGAAACGGAGGAAAAAAAGGAAAGAGUCAUUUGACAAUCAUCCUCGGUCUAAAAAACCCCUUCAAAUGGGUACCUCAAAAGAUGUCAACAUUUUCAGCUUCCUUUCAAAGAAGGAAGAGACCUACAAUGAUCUUAUUAAACAAAUUGGGAAGAAGGCCCUGAAAACAAGCAAUGACAAAAUGAUUAAAGUAGAAAAUGCCAAACAAAAUAUGCAGAAUGCUAAUGUAGAUGCCCAGGUGAUUUACACAAAGACGGAGUCAUUUGAGUAUGAUGAGGCUUCCCUGGACAUUCAAAAUGGUCAUGUUCUGAGACCUCUGCAUGAUAAACGUAUUGGAGACAGCCCUCUAGAAGGAACCAUGUUUGUAAACCAACUGGACAGAAUUAGUGAAGAAGAAGGUGAAGUGUGGGAUUCCAGAGACUAUCGACCCUUAAUAUUUGAAAAUGCCAAUAUAACAUUUGUAAAUGAAGAUGAUGAUGAAGAGGAAGAUAUCUCUGACGAUGAGGAAACCUCAAAAUCCUCCAUGGAUGAUAAUCUUGCAGAGGAAUCUGAAACUGCAAAAAAACUGGUAAAAUUCCCGUCCUCUGAUGAAUCUACCUUUACCAAUAAUGAGCUAGAACUUUCUGUGCCUUAUGAACAACUGAUGAAUGAAUAUAAUACAGUAAACAACGUGAAGGCUGCAACGUGA